GCGGAGCCGGGCGGGCGGCGGGAGUCGGCGCCUCUGGUUCCUGCCCCUGGUGUCGAGGUGGUGGCGGACGAGCGUCCCGGGAUGGCCUUCAUGGAGAAGCCGCCGGCCGGCAAGGUGCUGCUGGACGACACGGUGCCGCUGACAGCAGCCAUCGAGGCGAGCCAGAGCCUGCAGUCCCACACGGAAUAUAUCAUUCGGGUGCAAAGAGGAAUUUCUGUAGAAAACAGCUGGCAGAUUGUGAGGAGAUACAGUGACUUUGAUUUGCUGAACAACAGCUUGCAGAUUGCAGGCCUAAGUCUACCUCUUCCUCCCAAAAAAUUGAUUGGUAACAUGGAUCGUGAAUUCAUAGCUGAGAGGCAGAAAGGUCUUCAGAACUAUCUCAACGUUAUCACCACAAAUCAUGUCUUGUCUAAUUGUGAGCUGGUUAAGAAGUUUUUAGAUCCAAACAACUAUUCCGCAAACUACACUGAGAUUGCCUUACAGCAAGUUUCCAUGUUCUUCCGAUCAGAACCAAAGUGGGAGGUGGUAGAACCGUUGAAAGACAUAGGUUGGAGAAUAAGGAAGAAAUAUUUCUUGAUGAAGAUUAAAAAUCAGCCAAAGGAACGGCUAGUGUUAAGCUGGGCUGACCUUGGUCCCGACAAGUAUCUGUCAGAUAAAGAUUUUCAGUGUCUAAUCAAACUUCUGCCUUCCUGUUUGCACCCUUACAUCUAUCGGGUCACCUUUGCCACAGCUAAUGAAUCCUCAGCAUUGCUUAUUAGGAUGUUUAAUGAAAAAGGAACUUUGAAGGACCUGAUCUACAAGGCAAAACCAAAAGACCCAUUCCUAAAGAAGUACUGCAACCCUAAGAAGAUCCAGGGCCUUGAACUCCAGCAAAUAAAAACAUAUGGGCGGCAAAUAUUAGAGGUACUAAAGUUUCUACAUGACAAGGGAUUCCCUUAUGGGCAUCUGCAUGCCUCCAAUGUGAUGCUAGAUGGUGACACUUGCCGGCUGCUAGACCUUGAGAAUUCUUUAUUGGGCCUUCCUUCCUUCUACCGAUCCUAUUUCUCACAGUUCAGGAAAAUCAAUACAUUGGAAAGUGUGGACGUCCACUGCUUUGGCCACUUACUGUAUGAAAUGACUUAUGGACGACCGCCAGACUCAGUGCCUGUAGACUCCUUCCCUCCUGCGCCGUCUAUGGCUGUGGUGGCCGUGUUGGAGUCUACGCUGUCUUGUGAAGCCUGUAAAAAUGGCAUGCCUACCGUCUCCCGGCUCUUACAGAUGCCGUUAUUCAGUGAUGUUUUACUAACCACUUCUGAAAAGCCACAGUUUAAGAUUCCCACAAAGUUAAAAGAGGCAUUGAGAAUUGCCAAAGAAUGUAUAGAAAAAAGACUAAUUGAAGAACAGAAGCAGAUUCACCAGCAUCGAAGACUGACAAGAGCCCAGUCUCACCAUGGAUCUGAAGAAGAGAGGAAAAAGAGAAAGAUUUUAGCUCGAAAGAAGUCAAAACGGUCUGCUGUUGAAAACAGUGAAGAGUAUUCAGCAAAAUAUAGCAACUCCAAUAAUUCAGCAGGAUCUGGGGCCAGCUCACCUCUCACAUCCCCGUCAUCACCGACUCCACCCUCUACAGCAGGGAUGUCCGCAUUACCUCCACCGCCUCCGCCUCCGCCACCAGCAGCUCCCUUGCUUCCUGCGAGCACAGAGGCGCCUACACAGCUUCCGCCCCAGGCUGUGAAUGGUGUGAGCCGAGGGGCCUUACUCAGCUCCAUCCAGAAUUUCCAAAAGGGAACUUUGAGGAAAGCUGAAACCUGUGAUCACAGUGCUCCUAAGAUCGGCUGAAGAUUCGUGUUUACACUUGGAGGGAAAAGUUCUUUGUUUUUUCCUCCCACCUCCAGCCCCUAAAGCACUCUUUUUCCGGAUGAACAAUUGCUGAGCCAGUAAAGCCACAUACUGUUUUGCAGAUGCUCAUCUAAGAGGCUUCUCAAGAGGGAAAUAUCCAAGUAGAAUAAAGUCAGGCUGGCGUUUCUGCCUUAAGAAAUAAUUCGCUCCUUUAUUACCAUUUUAAAGGAGUCUUGUUCAUCCUCUAAUGGGCAUCUUUUGGGGGCAGCAGCAUAUUGGAGUCAACAUUUGCACCAACUUAAGGAAAUGGACAAAAAAACAAUGACAAUAUUCACUCCCAGCAGUGAAUGACCUUUGUGUUGCGAUCCCUCCCAUCCCAUCAGACACUCCCAGAAAUGUUCCCCUCAUAGUUCAUUUCUCUAUAUAAAGCAUUUUCUGGUUAUUUCUUAGAUUAAUUCCCAUUCUUGCUACUUUAUUUCCUCUUAGACAUUAACACCGUAGUCCACAGCAUAGUUACGUCAUGGAGUCAGAGAAGCAACUGAGUUCAUUUUCCACUCAAAUAGAUGGGGCCAAGUCAAGUCCAUAACAUUCUCUAGGUUCUAACAGGAAUACUGCUGUGGUUACAGAACUCAGGGCUGCUAAGGCAACCACUCUAGACUCACGGUUCCUUUGAGUUUGAGUGUAUUGAGACAGAUGUUAACAUCAGGAAAAGCUCUUGCCAAUUAGAGGACCUUCUUAAUCCUCAGCAAUAAAGUUAAGUUUGUGGUUUGGGGGGAGGGGGUUACUAUUACAACAAAGAAAAUUUGGCAUCCAUAGAAAUCAGUUCUGAUUUUUGAAAGAUUUGUCCAAAUAUAUCAUUUUUUUAACGUUACUCAUUAGAUCCUUUAUCCUACAAUUUGCUUAAACCCUUAAAUAAAUUGCACUUUAAAGGAUUAUAAGUAAUCCAUUUAAAAAUUCAAAUACACACAUCAGUGUUGGUUACUAUGCAGAGAGAAUGUCAUUGUGUAUAGUUUCAUUUAAUCUGUGACAAAUGUUCAGCUGUAUUUUUUAUUAAAAUAAACUAUGUCAAGAAAA